AUGAAACCCGAGCCGCCUCAAGAUGGCCAAAAUGAGCCGGGCUGCAAGAACGAGGAGGGACUGCAAUAUUUAAAUUUGAUUCGAACUAUCAUCAAUAGCGGAGAUAAACGCCCAGAUCGAACUGGUACUGGGACAUUGAGUAUUUUUGGCGCCCAAAUGAGAUUUUCUCUUCGAAAUAACUCGUAUCCUCUUUUGACGACAAAAGCAGUUUUCCUCAAAGGGAUUAUUGGCGAGCUGUUGUGGUUCAUUCGUGGCCGUACUUGCAGCAAAGAGCUUUCUGAUCAAGGAAUACGCAUUUGGGACGGCCAUGGAACAAAAGCUUAUCUCGAAUCCAGAGGGCUUCCCUAUGAAGAGACCGAUCUUGGUCCAAUCUACGGGUUUCAGUGGCGCCAUUUUGGAGCCGAAUACACUAGCAAAGAAGCUAGCUAUGAUGGUCUUGGUGUUGAUCAGCUUGCAAAUCUUGUUGAGGGAAUCAAAAAGAAUCCAUAUGACCGACGGCAUUUAAUGAGCGCAUGGAAUCCAGUUGAUUUGGAUCGAAUGGCGCUUCCGCCCUGCCACGUUUUGUGCCAGUUUUAUGUUUCUUCCAAAGGUGAGCUCUCCUGUAUUUACUAUCAACGCUCGUGUGAUUUUGGACUUGGAGUUCCAUUCAAUAUUGCGUCCUAUUCGCUAUUGACAAUUAUGAUGGCGCAUGUGACAGGGUACACUCCUGGCGAUGUUGUCAGCUCCAUGGGCGAUGUCCAUGUUUACUGCGAUCAUAUUGAAGGGCUAUCUGUCCAAUUGGAGCGAUCUCCUCGCCCAUUUCCAAAGCUCAUCAUUAAGGACGGCAUUAAAAGGUCCAGACUGGAGGAUUUUGAGAUUUCCGACUUUGAGCUUAUUGGGUAUAACCCGCACCCAAAGAUUCAGCUUCACAUGUCCGUUUAA